AUGUCCGAAUCAACUAUUGUCCUCAUCACCGGUGCCAAUUCAGGUGUCGGCUAUGCGACAGCCGAAACCAUCGCAUCCCAGCCAGGCUACCACGUAAUCUUGGCCUGCCGAGACAUUUCGAAAGGAAAUCAGGCGCGCUCUCGGCUCGAAACUACAAACCUAAAAGGAACACUGUCUGUUCUUCAACUCGAUGUCGAAGAUGACAAUUCAAUCUCCAAGGCCGUGAACUCUGUUUCCGAGAAAUUUGGACGAGUCGACGUGUUCAUCAGUAACGCAGGCACAACUUCACCCGGUUCCACGGGACGCGAUAGACUGCAAAAGAUAUUCUCAACGAACGUCUUUGGUGCCAUGCUUGUUUCAGAAGCUUUUAUACCCCUCCUGCUUCAAUCUAGUCGCCCGUGUCUUAUUCAAAUUUCAAGCGCAUUAGGCUCGGUCGGACUGGCAUCUGAUCCAACCAGUGAGCACAGUAUUCCACCGUGGGAUGAAUAUCGCAUGAGCAAAGCUGCAUUGAAUAUGAUGACUAUCCAAAUGCAUAAGCGACUGAAGGACCAGAAUGUUCGCGUUUUCGCCUUUUGCCCUGGCCUCGUGCGAUCAAAACUGAGGGGUGAUUCGGAAGAAGCAGUCAGUGCUCAAGGGCAUGCUGGUGAUCCAAUGGAAUCGGGAAAGGCAAUUUUGGACAUUGUGGCAGGUCGGAGAGAUGAAUAUGCUGGCAAAUUUGUCUGGAAGGAUGGAUAUUAUCCUUGGUAG